AUGUAUUGGUUGGUGUUUCUAUUAUAUUGUGCGAGUGCAGCUUCGGUUUCACGAAAGCAACAACCGCAGUCCGAGUUCUCGAAGUAUACUAUUCAGAUGAUCGGUUAUUCACCAAUGCAAAACGACGACUAUGUUGCCGUGGCACGGGAAGCUCCCGAGGGAUACAUCGUUGGCUUCGAGCCUCUGGCGCAUGCUGAUCGUAUACAUCACAUUUUACUUUACGGGUGCGGUGAACCUGCGCAUAGCCAGACUUUCUGGAGAGGUGGUGAAACCUGUGGAAUGGGAGUAACACAUAUUCUUUAUGCUUGGGCCAGAAAUGCUCCAACUCUCUUGCUACCGAGAAAUGUUGCAUUCAGUGUGGGACAUGAAGAUGAUGGCAUCAAGUAUUUUGUGUUACAGGUCCACUAUGCACAACCGUUUGCUGGUGAUGUCAAGGAUUUCUCCGGAGUCACGCUCCAUAUGACUCAUCAAAAGCCACCAAAUCUUGCAGCUGUUCUCCUCUUUGUCUCUUCAGAAACUAUUCCUCCAGGUAGAAACCAGGUGCAGAUCAAUGUAAGCUGUGAAUACGAUGGUGCAAUUGAUUUGCAUCCGUUUGCCUUCCGAACGCAUACUCAUGCGAUGGGUCGAGUAGUGUCCGCUUAUUACAAACACGAUGGUCAGUGGACAAAAAUUGGAGCAAGAAACCCGCAAUGGCCACAGCUUUUCGAGUCUAUUUCCACCAAUCCAGUAAUUAAAAAAGGUGACCUCAUGGCGGCCACGUGCAGAUUCGACUCGCAUGACAAGAAAACUCCAACUCCUAUGGGAUCGAUGGGUGUGAACGAGAUGUGCAAUUUCUACAUGAUGUUUUACUAUGAUUCUACCAAAGAGAAUCCUUUCCCUUGGAGUGCAGUGUGCGGAGGUCGCGAUAGGGCUAAGGAGAUGGUGAGGGAAUAUCCUGUUGAGGGCACACAACUGCUUCCAUCUCGACCUGAUCUCGAACAUCAUGCACAUCAAAGCAAAAUACCUUUCGGUAUUGUCGAAGAAGGAUCGUUCACUAGCAUUGGAGACAUUAGAUUGGGUCAGGUGGCUGGAAUAUCGUUCCAAGGGGACAAUGUGAUCAUUUUCCACAGAGCAGGACGAGUUUGGGAUCAGAGCACGUUCGACCAGUACCAUGUGCUUAUGAACAAGGAACCCAUAAAUGAAGAUGUAAUUCUCAUAGUUUCCAUAACGGGCAAUGAAACACGGAUUGUGAAGAAACUUGGAAAGAACAAAUUUUAUCUACCACAUGGAAUCUAUAUGGACAAUGAAGGUUACCUUUACACUACAGACGUCGGCUCACAUACCGUAGCAAAGUGGAAGCUCAGCGGAAACGAUCUUGUCCAGAUUUGGGAAAGUGGCGUGAAAUUAAUUCCCGAUAGCGAGCGUACUCAUUUCUGCAAGCCUGCUGGUGUAGUCAAAACUGACGAAGGUGUCUUCGUCGCCGACGGGUACUGUAACAGUCGGAUAGUACAGCUGGAUAGCACUACUGGAAAUAGAAUGCAUGAAUUUGGCCUGCCUGGAAACGGACCAGGCCAAUUCAACCUUCCUCACGACGUUGUUAUGACAUCCACUGGUGGUCAUCUGCUUGUAGCUGAUCGUGAAAAUGGCAGAGUACAAGAAUUGUCCACUCGCGGCGACUACAUUAUGGAGUGGACCUCCAGUCUUUUCACAAAUAUCUACUCAGCGGAUGCUCACAAUGACCAUAUCUACAUGAUUCCUGGACGUCCGGACCGUGAAUCUGGUCCCAUCCGUGUGUAUGUUGGUCGUGCUGGCACUGAACUUAUUGAGUUUGCCUUUGGGCCGACAAGCCGUUCAUUCGGACAACCGCAUGUCUUACGCGUUUCGCCUGAUGGUGAACGCAUUUUCGUUGGCGACAUUGCUGCGGGCAGAUCCACAUUGUGGAUGUUCCGGAUACAACACGAGGGUGGUUCAUCGUCUUUGCAUAGUUCGUACGCGUUCACGGGUGCGUUUCGCUCAGCGUCUACUGCAGCAACUGGAACCACAGGGAUUUUAAUUUCGCUAGCUUUUGCUGUACUCGUAGUCGGAUUCGUCGUGAUCCGCAGACGACGAGCGGUUUCUAUUCGUGGCCAUGCGAAUUUCGAUAAGAAGGCAGCCAUGGAGGAGGUCAACAAGAAAGUUGCCGGAAGACUUCAAUGUGGACCAUUCGAUCAUCGUUUGUCAUCAAAAGAAGCUCAUGAAAGAACAUAA